AUGUCAUCUACUGAUAUCUCGGAUGUGAACCUUUUUGCAACACAGUCAUUAAAGCAACCACCUGUCAUAGCGCGGAGAGUAUCAGGCAAAAUAUGGAAACACCCCAAGCUUGCAACUCGACGUACUCAAAUGUCAAAAUCCCUCCGUAAGACCUGGGAUCUGCGUGUUCAAGAGCGCAAAGAACGUGAAGCUCUCAAGCUGAUAGAAAAAGAGAUCAAAGACAGAGAAGAAGCAAAAAGGCAACAAAGGAGAGAGGCCAUUUUAAAGAAGAAAAAGGCUCAGGAAGAGAAGGAACGUCUUGAACAUCUAGCCGCAGUGUAUUCGGCCAAGAAGAUGAAACGAUUAAAGAAAAAACUUGGCAAGAGAAAAUGA